AUGGAAAUCAUUAAAAGUGAAAAAGGUCGAGAUCUUCUAUGCUAUAACGGAUAUUUAUAUAGAUUUGACAAAAACAGUAGUUGGCGAUGUAUCGAAUGCAAUACGAAAAAAUGUCGUGGUCGUAUUAAUUUGAAGGAUGGUCAAAUUAUUCAUGAAAGUGAAAAAGAGCACAACCAUACACCUGAUAUUGCAAAAAUUGAAGCCAGAAAAGCAAUGCAAUUUUUAAAAACAAUAGCAAAACAUACUGAACUUAGUACUCAAGCAGUUUUAGGUGCAGUAUCUUUACAGGUAAAUAUAAUAUAA